AUGUCGAACCCUCGAAGGACCCCGAUGACUCGUCCUGAUUCUGUCCUACCUCUUAAGACCACUUUGGCUGUUCUCACCAAAGGGGCCACCUUCUCACCCACCAGCCCAGCAACACCUGAGUCUUCAUCUUCAUUCACGCCGCCUUCAUUACAUAUUCGAUCGCAUACCGACCUCGAUGAUGUCGUCGACGCGCAUCGUCGCCGUGUUGCUUUGACUCUCGGCGAUAUCGAAAAGACCCUUGCUGGCAUGUCAUUGGACUCUCCUAGCCCCAACAAGGCUUUCCGCGACAACAGCUACCCUCUUCCAAGGGGUCUGCUGGACCCUACUCUGAUCGGAAAAGACAUGGAUGUCGAACGUCGCGUUCUGCGGCCUCGGCCCGUCCGUCGCCCUGGGCAAUCCCACCACCACGAAUCUGACAGUGGACUGGGUUCUUCGAUCCUGUCGACGAAGCAGAAGAGCACACCAAAUGCUGAUUCCACUUCGGCAAAGACCGGAGUUAAAGGCUCUGCUGUGACACGGUCGGCCGCUUCCUCCACCUCAAAGAACCUUCCCAGCCUCAGUGCUCGCGCAACAAACCGUGUGUUUGAGCACACAUUGAAGCCCCUCCUUGCGGAUUCUUCUUUCAAGGAGUUCCACCCUGUCCUCCUGGAAUGUCCGCGCAAGAUUCAGUCAAAGCAAAUUGUUUGCUUGAGGGAUGUCGAAAAGACUCUGCUUUUGACGGCACAGGUAAGUUAUCCGACGAAUCUCCCAGAAGGCGGUGGGGAUACUAAUAAUGCCAUGAAGGGAGUCACGAAAGCUCCAAAGCUCUACCUUGACUUCUGCCUUUCCACUGUUCAAUGCAUCCAGGCCACGGUUGUCUACCUUAGUGAGACAGAGCAGCGCCGCCCCAAGGACGUCCCCUACAGCAGCGGCUACUUCAUCGACCUUGUCGAUCAGAUCAAGCAGUACGCUCAGCAGCUUUCUGAUCAAAAGAAGGCAGGCGCCUCGGAAGUCAACAUUAAGGACGAGGUAAAGCUCCACGGUGGCAUUGCCGUCAACGGGCGCCCAGCUGAGCUCGUUCGGAUCAGCGGUGGCAAGGCCAUCUCACUGGCCACUGGCGAGCCUGUCGAGUUGGAAGAGGAAACUACCAGCCCCAUCCGAUUCAAGCGCUCAGCCAGCCAGCAGCUUGCCGAUGACGAUGAGAUCAUGCGUUCCAUGGCUCGCCGCAAGAAGAACGCUCCUCCAGAGGAGUACGCGCCCAAGAUGUGCCGUGAGCCUGGGUGUGGCAAGGAGUUCAAGAGGCCCUGCGAUUUGACCAAGCAUGAAAAGACGCACUCGCGUCCGUGGAAAUGCCCCGUCACCACGUGCAAAUACCACGAAUAUGGAUGGCCGACUGAGAAAGAGAUGGACAGGCACCACAAUGACAAGCACUCGGCGGCUCCGCCCAUGUAUGAGUGCUUGUACAAGCCUUGCCCAUACAAGUCAAAACGGGAGUCGAACUGCAAGCAACACAUGGAGAAGGCCCACGGCUGGACCUACGUUCGCACCAAGGCCAACGGCGGCAAGAAGAUUGACAGCAACCCUUCAGGCAGUGUCACACACGCCACUCCUCAGCUCACAAACAUGCCCACUCCUCCCAGCGACAACGGUGUUUUUGCCGGGCUGGCCACCCCACCAAUGGAGUACACCAUGCCGGCGUACAACAACAACAUUGAGUUUCCCACAUAUGUGGCUCAGGAUCAGUUCCAGAUCCAAUUUCCACAGGAGUUGUCUCUUGACUAUUCUCCAUCAGCUGUAUCCGACCAUGCAACCCCCUCCUCACACUCAAACGUCAGCGGCGGCUCUCCCUUCGAGUCUCCGUACCAAGACCCCAGCAGUGACUUCACCGUCUAUGACGACAUCUACAACGCCAACGCUCAGGUCCAGAUGCAGAACCCUUUUAGCGAAAAGGACGCUGCGCAAUUCCUUGCGUUUGUCACCAACGCCGAGUUUGAGACUACCAAGGCUGCGCCGGUCCACUUCUCGCCGGCUGGCCAGGGAAACGCUAUGCUUUUUACACCUAGCACGCUUGCCGACUACGAUGAGAGCUUUGACGAUUUCCAAAACAACGCGCAGAUGGGCGCAGACUUCUGCCUCUUCCCCGCCAACGGGGUCAAGCAGAAUUCGCCGACGCCUCUCUUUGGCGAGAUCCCUAGCGUCGCCGCUGGAUACUCGCAGCCCACGUCUCAGGAACUGUUGCCUAAUGACUGGCGCAUGAACCAGUACCAGGGAUUGGGCUUCUCUCAAAACUGA